GGAACAUUUGCCAAUUAGUAACAUAUAGCCCCUAGAAGGAACUCUAUGCGUUCGUACCUCCGCGACGUGACGGGGCAGGCCAGCGGCAAGUCUCGUCGAUGUGUGCUGUGCCACGCAAAGGAGAAAUCCCCCGCCUGUGUAUGCGACUCGUACUUGUGUCUUGCAUGUAUAGCGCUGUGGAAAUCAGAAGCCAACGCCCUUGGCUGCAACUGCCACGCGAACAGGCGAAGGGAAAUCGCAACUGAGCCCAUCUCGCCAGUGCCAGUCGAGACGACGAACGAUGCUCCCUCAUACAAGCCCCAACCCAUUGUCGUAUGGAAGUCGAUCCAGUUUGUUCCUCUGGAGCCGCCAAGAGCAGUGCACAACAAGGGACCACCUACGCUCUUGGGAAGGUUCGCCAUCAAGGAAACGUCGACGUAUUAGCUUCAACAGCGGAUUGCGGAGCACUUCACCGCGAGGGACUGCUCUACAUCCCCGUCGAGCUCCAAAGUGUACACCUUCCUAUGAUGUACCACAUACGAGCUGUGGGCGACGCCAACCUCGUUCACCGGAAACCCAGCAAUGUACUCCCAUAGCAGUGGCUGUCGGGUAGCUGGAGUGCCGCCACAAGCAUGUAAGCAAGUCGCCGAAAAUCAAUGUUGCGUGUGGAAGGGAGUCGAUAUUGACAAUGAGAGGGUGGAUAUAUGCUAACGUUAGUAUUAAUUAGCGUUGGACCAUAACUAGUGUCCGACGGAAGCUAGCUUUCAUGGUGACAGGUUGCUAGGAGGGUAACAUACCGGUAGACUUCUUGAC